AUGAAAUACGACCCCCUAUUGCUUCUGGCCGGUCGCGCCGUCGACGUUACCCGGUCUGCGGGUUCAGCUUGGGUAGGUGCACCGGGAGAUACCCCUGUCGUGCCUACUUCGGACAACUUCUACUUGUUUGACAAACAAAACAUCACCAAGUAUGCUCUUGGCGAUAUCUUGAACGUCCGGGAGAUCGGUGUCCCUCAGUACACAUACUCCAAAGCCUGGCAGGUGCUUUAUCGGUCUGAAAACACCUUCGGUGACCCCACGGCCACUGUGACAACGAUCGUUCUGCCUGCAAACUUCAAUGGCACUACUGGUCCUGCGAACGUCGUAUCGUACCAACAGGCUGAGGACUCGGCGUACUUGAACUGCAACCCGUCGUACGGGUUUGUCACCGGAGAUAACCAGAGUGACCUUCAGCAGAUCCUCGACGCUGGCUACGUUCUAAACUACCCUGACCACGAGGGUAUCAACUCGAGUUUCACUGCGGGGCCUCUUGAGGGUAAACUAACUCUCGACUCCAUUCGUGCUGUCCAAAAGUCCAAGAGCUUCACCGGUGUCAACUAUGGCCAGGCCAUCAUGUGGGGCUACUCCGGUGGUUCAAUCGCUACCGGCUGGGCUGCUGAGUUCGCCGACUGGUAUGCUCCUGAGCUCAAAAUCGCAGCAGCCGCUGUCGGCGGGUAUGUUGUGAAUUUGACGGCCACCGUCGAGCUGGUUAAUGGUACCCCUGUGGUGGGAUUUGUUCCUCCCGGGCUCUUGGGUCUUGCUAGUGAAUAUCCUACGCUUGCUGCCUUAAUCGGUUCGCAGCUUAAACCAGAUAUGGCAGCAAAAGCUAUGGAUGCUCUUCACCAAUGCACGCUUCAGGAUAUCCUAGAGUACAUGAACGAAAACGUUUUUGAUUACUUCGUUUCCGGUGCAAGCAUUCUGAACAACCCCGAUCUGCAAGCCGUUUUGACAAACACCACUUUGGGCACGAAUGCCCCGAAGUUCCCUAUGAUUGUGUACAACGGUAUCGAGGACCAGAUUGCUCCUAUUGGACAGGUAGAUAAAGUGGUCACUGAGUACUGUAACGAAGGUGGAAGAAUCCACUACUACAGAGGAAACAAGAUGGAUCAUCUUUCUACGGCAUCCAAUUAUGAUAAACAAGUGUUCGACUCCUUUGCAGCUUUAUUUGCUGGUCAAGGAUGGGACACAUGUCAAGUCUUUGGUUUGCCAAUUGGUGAUUAUGCUGGUAAUAAUGUACCCCAGCCUAAAAACCUCGAUCCCACAAGCUCCUCUGCGGUUCCCUCUGGCUCUUCUGUCUCUACGGGCCCCGCGAGCGUACCUGCUAGUUCUGUGGCACCUGAUAGUUCUACCGGUCCCAGUUCUGGAGCUGGUUCUUCCGGAUCACCUGCAAGCACCACAGCUGCUACUUCUUCAAGCAUGCCUGUCAGCUCGCUGACGAGUGCAAGCUCUACAGUAGCUGGGGCUCCGGGUUCGUCGGCGCUUUCAGCCACUAGUCCACACAACGCUAGCACAAGCUCGCAGGGAGUGGCUUCUCUGGCUAGUACAGAGCAUUCUACUGUUACGACCUCAGCAGCUAGUUUGAGCUCAAUGAAAGCCGCGACCUCGAUGCAAGGCGAGGGAACAACGACCGUUGUAGUGACCGAGUUUACUACCUAUUGCCCCGAGCCUACCACUUUGUGUCCUGGUAACGGAAAGUGCUACACUGUUACAUCUGCUACCACAUUGACAAUCACCGAUUGCCCGUGCACACUCACACAUGGUCCAACCAGCAGCUCUACUCCCGGCCAUGGUUCUAACUCAGGCUCCAACUCGGGUUCUAAUUCUGGUUCUAAUUCUGGGUCUAAUUCCGGGUCUAACUCCGGUUCCGGCUCUGGCUCGAACUCAGGCUCCAGCCUCCAGCCAAGUGUUUCACCGCUUGCCCCGACUGUUGCACCUACCGUUGCCCCCGCGAAUUCUGCUUCAAAGGCUCAAAUGGGUGUGCUGGCUUUAGUCCUAUCCGUGGCGGUCCUCUUAUUCUAG